CCAUCUACACUUGGAAAAAAAAAAAAAAAAAAAAAGGGAAUUUGGGGUUCUUCAGCUUCUCCUCCUCCCUCUCAUUCUGCAAACGCUGAAAUCAGAGACCAAAAAAUGCAUAAACAAUCACUGAUUUCUCUUUUCAAGUUGCUCCGGAGUCACCCUUUUCGACCUUCUCCACAACCCAUCUAUGCAUUUUCCCUCGAAUCACUUUCGCCGAUUCUGACUCGACCCCUUUCCAACUCACUCGUACCUCUGAGCCCCAAAUUUCUUCACACUUCCACCUCAAAUCUUUGCAUACCCGCGUUUCCACUUCCCUAUGCUGUCCAUGCGUGGCCCCCGACUUAUAGAACUCGGAGAAAACACAGUACUGAGACGGGAGGUGACCCAGCUCCUGCACUGGAUGUUAAUAGAGAAGUCGACAUGAUAAAUCUCAAGUUUGCAGAAGCAAGAGAGGAGAUAGAGAUGGCAUUGGAGUCAAAAGAGACUGUGUAUUUCAAUGAAGAGGCAGAGUGUGCACGGACUGCUGUGAAAGAAGUGCUGGACAUGUUUGAGGGGUUAUUGGAGAAGUUGCCAGAGAGCGAAAAGGCGGCAUUACAAAGGUCAAUGGGGCUGAAGAUUGAGCAGUUGAAGGCUGAGCUUCAACAGUUGGAUGAUUAAUGAGGUUGGUGGUUGUGGGUACUGGCCGAAUUCAUUUGGUGCAUUCAUUUUUGGGUGUUGUAUGAAGUACUAUGUUUUUGUUCAGGUUAUUAAGGAUGAUUCAAUGUUGAUGUCAUAGGUGAAAAGGUUUCUCUGAUGGAAAGUUAGAAAGAAAUAUUUUGAAUAAUGGAUUAGGAGUUUGUUCCUGAAGUUUAAUUAUCCUAUAGCACAAAUCAUAACUUUUUUUUAGCCUUCAGAACGAAAAGAUUUUGUUUUGCUGUGACUUUUGAUCAUUUGAAACUGGUACGUCACAUGGUGAUAGUCAUAUGCUUCUAA